AUGGAAAGAAAUGAUCAAAUCAGUAGAUCUCAAUCUCCACGGGCAUCAUCAGUUUUACUAGUGAAGAAACAUGAUGGUAGUCCAAGAUUUAUUGUUGAUUAUCGCAAAUUGAAUUCUAUUACCAUUCGAGAUAGCUACCCACUUUCUCCAAUGGAUGAUACUAUUAAUCAAUUAGCUGGAGCUCGGCAUCAUUCUAAAUUCGAUUUGAAAUGUGGAUACCAUCAAGUUCCAAUUGACUCCCGAGACAAGCAAAAAAUGGCUUUUAUAACAUCGUAUCAAUUAUUCGAAUUCAAUGUUCUUCCACGAGGAUUAGUCAAUGGUCCACCUGUUUUUCAAAGAAUCAUGAACGAAGUAUUGGGAGAUUUAUUAGGUCAUCAUUGUUUAGUCUAUUUAGAUGAUAUUAUCACGUUCUCCCGAAAUAUUGAUGAUCAUGUUAAAGGCAUUCAUGCUGUAUUACAUGCUCUAAAUAAUCAUAAUUUCAAACUAAAUUUGUCUAAAUCUGCACUGGUACAUGAACGCCUUGAAUAUCUUGGACAUGAAAUUGAUCAUAAAGGUUGUCGACCAUUACAAAAUAACAUCAAAGCUAUUAUUGAUAUUCUCACACCAACAACAUAUGAUGAAGCUCAUCGAUUCUAUGGAAUGGCAAAUUAUUAUCGGUCAUUUAUUAAGAACCUUGCAGCAGUUGACUAUCCAUUACAAAGAUUUCAAGCUAAGAAAGGUGAAUUUAUUCGGAAGACUGAACAACAAUUAGCAUUUGACACAUUAAAAAAGCACUUAGUAUCAGAACCAUGUACAUCAAAUUUCCCAAUGCCAAAUGUUCCUUUUAUAUUGGCUACUGAUGCAUCAUCGAAGAAGGGUAUUGGUGUUACUUUGAAGCAAAAAAUUGAUAAAAAUGAACGUGUAAUUGUAUACUUAUCACAAAAUUUAAAUAAAGUUGAAAGAAAAUGGAGUGUUACAGACCAAGAAUGCUGGGCCAUAGUUUGGGCGAUUUAA